AUGGCGCUUCAUAUUGAUCCCUCGAUCUUGCCGUCGCGCAUAGGAUCUGCAAAGCUCUCUGAGUACAAGGGUGCCCCGCCAGUCGUCCACCGUCAGAGCCUUGUUCGUCUCCCUUAUUUUGCGCAUCAACAACUUGACCCCAGCUACUUCCCGGGAGAGAUCGGCCUACCUAUUGGAGGUCCUAAGGAACCAGGUGAAGGAGAUGGAACAUGGGAUGACGAUGACAGUGAUGCGGCAGCUGAUGCUGAAUCGGAUGCUGACGACGACUUGACCUUGGACAUCAAUGCCAGACCCAAGAAGCGUCGCAAGGGCAAGACAGUUGCCAAAGAAGCUAACGCAGCCGAUGUCAAGCACAUGAAGAUGGCCGGAGGUCGUCCUGCUGUUGCGAAAAAGGUCACUGCUGACUUGGAUUCCGACGAUGAGAUCAUUGUUCGCAUGAAAGAGGCUCGUUUCCUGGAGAAAGACAUUGCACAGGCUCUUGUCGACCAAGGUCGUACUGCGUACAACCCCAAGACCAUUGGCACUCGUUGGAGACGUCUCAAGCAGGCAUUGCAGAAGAGACAGGACGAACUCUUGGAUGCUGACAUGAGUGACUGGCACGAGGGCGAUGACGAUGUUUUGGUCGAGGCGGUUAUCAAGGCGGACAAGGAGACCAAGAAGGCCAUUGAGGAGGCACAGGCCAGAAAGUGGCGCAUCGUGGCUGAUAGGAUGAAGACGGUCAAUCCGGUACUCAACUUCUCUCACAAGGCAUGCCGUGAGAGAUACGACGCCCUGGUGAACGGCAACGCCAAACCCACUCCUGAAUCCCAUCCGAACCCUACCCCUGAAAUCCUUGCCCGCAUUCAGUCGCGAAAGACCAAGGAGCAAAAGAUCCUCCAAGACAAGCAGAAGAUGGCGCCUCCCAACGAGCGUGAGAACGAGAACAUUCAGGCCAAUGGAUGGAGUUCGAGGAGACGCACCUACUUCUAG